AUGGAUAUUCAUAGGAAGUUCACGGAUAAGGUCAAGACACAUCCAAAGUACUUUCAAAUAUUUCUCGUCGUUUUGGUUGUGACGUUCGCAAUAAUUAUUCUCAUUGCAGGAGUACUGAAAACCCCUCUCCUAGAGUUACAUGCUCCUGACGAUGAGUAUGAUCUAUAUUUGAUAUAUUAUUUUGAAGGUUGCAGAUCGAUAGUUAACGGCAAAAACGACGGAUGCUAUAGCCUUGCAAAUGGUGGACUACCCGCAGUUGUUUCGGAAGAUACUCCAAUUUCUGGUAAUACCCAUUUUCGAAAUAAAUCAUCAAUAUUCUACAUUGUUGUGUCACUAAAUAUUCCCGCAGGACUUCCAAAUCUCAAAAUCAUCUUCGCCUUGUUUUUUCUGAGUGGCCUCGCCCAUCUCGCCCAUGGCUUGUUCGGCCUAAAAGUCCAUUUGAAUGAUCUAUAUCACCCUAAAAUCGAGAAUACUAUGGCUUUUAUAUCCUUCUUUACUUUGCUUGCGGCUGCAAUAGCCUGUCCAUGGAUCUUGCUUGAUUACAAGUGCCAAAUCCAGUCCAUUAGCAAUGACAAUAUUACUGUUAAAGUCGGCACUAGCAUUAUUGGAUUGGGGUUCACGGCUGUGCUCUUCAGUCUCGUGAGUAGGGAGAUCCUGAUUGUGGGGACACUUAAGAAUGAGAGAGCGAUCCAAGCGUUUUCGGAUACUCCAAGAAACGGUGAGGAUACACGUCGAUAUUCUCUAGAUGACGGGGAUUCAAUUCAAUCUGGACCUGAUGAUGAGGCUGAACGAUUACAGAUCCCGGUCCACAAUAUUAGGCAAGAUCACCUCGGGCCUAUUUCGAGAGGGGACCCGGCCUCGAUGCGAAUGCCAAUGCCUCCUGGAAUGAGAAGAGUGCCGCCUCUAGAUGCAUAUAUAUGGAAACCUCGAGGGCACCCACCUCCACCUCCACCCCCACCUCCACUUCGAGUUGAAUACGCACGGGGACCUCCAGGACCUCCACCUCAAAUGCAUGCAGGAUACGGACGUGGCCCAGGCUGAAGUUUAUGAUUAUAGAGUUAGUAAAGCAAUGUAAAAUACCUGGUUUUGAUAUUAAUCUCAGGUUAGGAGUUGGGCGGAUAUUUCGUAGGAU